GUUGUGGCAUUAAGUGUAGCUGGUUGUAGAUCCUAAAUGGCAUUGUCUUUUUACCGUUCUAUCGUUAUUGCGAUAUCGCUAACAUGCAAUAUCCUUACUAUCGCCGCUUAUCUUUAUGUUAGGAAGCUCCGAAAUACACUCGGCAAGUGCGUUAUAAGCAGCCUUUUGACCAACUUCAUGUGGCAGAGCUUGGGUUUAAUCCAAAUGUGGUUCUCAGUACCCCAUUCAUUCAACAAAGUUCCUUUUGUCUUCUUUUUUGCACACAAUUUCUGGCUCUCAGUCAUGAGCUAUCAUUUAUGGAGGACUUUUAAGUCUGUCAAUGGCGAGGAACCCCGUUUUCUGUUCCUGGCCUACAAUGUCUACGUGUGGGUUCCGACUGCGAUUCUCCCUGGAGGCACUGCAUUUAUUUACCUUUUUUAUGGCGAAUUAAUAAAUAUAGCGGCAACAUUUUUCUUAUGUACUUUCCUGGUAUUACUAAUUUCGAGUGUCCUCACAUUGAUUAUGUUCCUUUUAACGAUCACUCACAUUCUGAAAGUAAAGAGGCAAGUAAUGAAGUUAACUCAAGGAGAUGAGGAGACUAUGACCUGCUUUAAUUUAGACAGUGAGACUUAUUUGUACUGCCUUCGGAUCCAUUUUGUGAUGGGACUGACUUGGACUCCGUUUUUUAUUAGUUAUGUUGUGAGUUCAAUUGGUUUCAGACAUCCGAUACUUAAUGUUAUCGACUUUUUAAUUUGGGGCAAUGGUGCUUUCGUUUUUAUACUUCUUAUCCCUAAGCGCAACACCCUUAGGUUACUCGAGGAUAGUCUUCGAGGAAGACCAAAAAAGCAGUUUGUCCGUGCUCAGAGGGUUAAAAGCCCGGCUUAAAUAAGGCUUACUUUUUAUUGUCAAAACA